AUGGACCCUCAGCAACGUAUCUGUCUUGAAGUUGCCUGGGAGGCAUUGGAACAUGCCGGUAUCUCCCCUAACGAUAUUGCCGGUAGCGACGCCGCUGUCUUGAUGGGCGUCAACUCGGACGACUAUAGCCGCCUCAUGCUCGAAGAUUUGCCCGGAAUUGAAGCUUGGAUGGGUGUUGGCUCUUCUUUCUGUGGUGUCCCCAACCGUAUCUCAUACCUCCUCGAUCUUCACGGAAACUCUAUUGCCUUGGAUGCCGCCUGCGCUUCCUCCCUCAUCGCCGUCCACCACGCAAAGCAGCUACUAGAGAACUACGAGUCUAAGGUUGCCGUUGUCGGCGGUGUCAACGCCAUAUGCGGACCCGGUCUUAUCCGCGUUCUCGACGUUGCCGGCGCUACAACACCUGAAGGUCGCUGCAGAUCUUUCGACGCCGAGGCCAAGGGAUACGGCCGUGGUGAAGGUGCCGCUGUUGUCAUCAUGAAACGUGUCGAGGAUGCCAUCCGCGAUGGUGAUCAGAUCCUUUCUGUCGUCAAGGGCACAGCCGUCGGACAGGAUGGCCGAACCAACGGUAUCAUGCAGCCGAACCCCCAAGCACAAGCGGAGGUAUACAAGAAGGCGCUCGGUGUUGCCGGGUUCGACGCUAGCACAAUUGAUUUCGUUGAAGCUCACGCCACUUCCACCCGUGUCGGUGAUCCUAAGGAGGUUUCCGCUAUCACAUCCGUCUACGGAUCCCCCGCCGGCCGCACUGCCGAAAAUCCAUGUUACAUCGGCUCCGUCAAGCCUAAUGUCGGUCAUCUUGAAGCUGGCGCUGGUGUUGCCGGUGUCAUCAAAGCGACCCUUGCACUUCACUACCGCCAAUUACCCCCUCAAGCCAACCUUCAAACCUUGAAUCCUGCUAUCGAUUGGGCCAACAGCGGCCUAGAAGUUGUUCGUGAUACCAGGCCCUGGCCUCGCCCAGGCCAGAAGCUUAGGGCGGGUGUCUGUUCAUAUGGAUACGGAGGUAGCAUCUCCCAUAUAGUGUUGGAGGAGGCCCCUCCCAGGGAGACUCUCAAGGAAGAGGAGAACAACGGCCCCGUGGUUCUCACACUCUCUGGCCCAGGAGAGAAGUGGUACAAGGGCCAAGCUGCUAAGCUUGCAGAAUGGUUGAAGACUGAUGGCGCAAAGAUUCCUCUGUCCGCCAUUGCCACCACUCUUUCCACCCGCCGCGCUCACCACCACGUCCGUGCUUCGAUCGUUGCCGAGAAUCACGAGGGCGCCAUCGCCAGUCUCGAGAAACUAUCACAGGGGAUCGACGACCCAACCAUCAUCAAGGCUCGCACUGUCUCUGGGAACACCAAGAACGACGUCGUCUGGGCCUUCUCCGGCCAUGGCGCCCAAUACCCAUCCAUGGGAACCGAACUCCUUAAGACUGAGCCUGAAUUCGCGAAGGUCAUUGACACUCUUGAGUCCACUUACCAAGAGAUUUUAGGCUUCUCUCCAAGGCAGGCGCUUGAGACCGGUAAUUUCGAGACCACUGAUAAGAUUCAGGCCUUGACUUUCGCUAUGCACGUUGGCCUUGCCGCGGUCCUCAGAUCUCGUGGUAUCAAACCUGCUGCCAUCAUCGGCCAUUCGGUUGGUGAGAUCGCCGCUGCCGUCACCGCCGGUGCUCUGACUCUCCUUGAGGGUGCUCGUGUUGCUAGCAUCAGGGCUAGUCUGUAUGGACGACCAGAUAUCGCCGGUAAGGGGGCUAUGAUCUUGGUGGAUAUUCCUUUCGAGGAUGUUGAGAAGGAUUGUGCGUCCCGCAAGGAUAUCAACGCCUCCAUUCACGCCUCACCGACAUCUACUGUUGUCUCUGGAACCCCCGCAGCCAUUAAGGAGUACUCAGACUACCUUGCUGCCCAGCAGCAGCAAGUCCGCACCGUCAAGUCCGAUGUCGCCUUCCACAGCCCCCUCCUCACUCCCCUCAGCCCAGCUCUCGCUGAACUUCUCGGAGACACUAUCUCUCCCAAACAGGCCGAUAUCAAGUUGUACUCCACAUCAGAUCUCGAUGCCCGCACGGAUAAGCUGCGUAACAGUGAUUACUGGAUCAACAACAUGCUCGGUCCUGUCUGGCUCACUUCUGCUGUGAAGGCCGCUGCUGAGGACGGAUUCAAGGUAUUCUUGGAGGUCUCCUCCCAUCCGCUGAUAUCUCACUCAAUCAAUGAGACUCUCAUGGAGAUUGGUGAGGAUGAGUCUGCCGUUAUCCCCACCAUCCGCCGCAACCACCCCGCCUGGGAAGGAAUCAACACCGCCUUGGGCCGCCUCCACGCCAACGGCGCGGUCGUUGACUUCAAGAAGUUUGUCGGAAAGUCUUGGGUCCCUAGCCUCCCUCUUACGGUCUGGCAGCACGAGAGAUACUGGCAUGAUGUCUCCGUCGGCACACCGACUGCUCCUGCUACCGAGUGCCAUGAUGUCAAUGCCCACGUCCUCCUUGGAGCCAAGACUCAAGUUUCUGGUGUCAAUGAAACCUGCGUCUGGCAAACCGUUCUUGACGAUACCUGCAAGCCAUUCCCUCUCAGCCAUCCUCUUUUCGGGACUGAGAUCGUACCCGCUGCCGUCCUCAUCAACACCUUCACCCAUGCCGCCGAAUGUACCUCCAUCUAUGAUAUUUCCCUCCGCGUCCCUGUCCCCAUUUCCUCCGCUUCUCCCCGUCAAGUCCAGGUCGUCUACCAAGAGAAAAAGGCCCUGAGGAUCCGCUCUCGUCUGGUCGCUACGGAGGACAAGAGCGAUGAGCUGUCCUGGAUGACCCACACCACCGCCAACGUCCCAGCCAACCCCAUCGAGCUUGAAGAAGAAUACAUCCCCAUCGACGACAUCCACGCCCGCUGCACACUCAAGAGAGAUUCCAACUGGGUAAUCGAUUACCUCGCCGAUAUCGGUGUCGCUGCCAUGGGCUUCCCCUGGACCGUCGAGAACCACGUUGAGGGCGACCGCGAGUUUAUCGCUAAAGUUGACGCCCUCCCUGACGGAUCAACCAAUCUGCCAUGGGAUCCUACCUCAUGGGCUUGUAUGUUGGAUGCUGCCACCUCCAUUGGCUCUGCAAUUUUCUACAAAUCCCCCAUCCUCCGUAUGCCUGCACAUAUCGACAGCGUCACGAUCGCCACCCCCCCUCCACCAAGCGCAUUGAUCUACGUCCGUGAAGACCCCGGCCAAGACUGGACUGCUGAUGUUUUUGUCACCGCUCUGGAUGGUAAAGUCCUCGCCAAGCUCCGCGGUAUGCGCUUCUCCCAGCUCGACGGUACUCCCGGUGUCAGUGGCAGUGUCGAGUCCCUCGCCCAUAACCUCCACUGGGUCCCCGCCCAACUCGAGAGCACCUCCGCUCCUCUCAAUAAUGCCAUCUUCAUUGCCGACAAAGCUCACUCCCUCCUCGGCCCCUUCAAGAAGACUCUCGCCAAGCGCGGUCUCGGGGUUAAGGUCAUUGAGAGUCCUAGCGAACUCGAAUCACACUCUGAUGUCCUCCACAAGACUGGAACCGUCGUUAUCGUCCUCCCUGAUGAGCUCGAGGAUAUUGAGAGACUCCCCCAGACCAACUUUGCCAAUACCCUCAAGCUCCUCGAAGCCACCAAGAGUCUCAUCACUAUCGGCUCUUCUGCCAAGCUCUGGGUCAUCACCGAGGAAGCUCAGAACGCAAAUAGCGAAUACUCUCUUGCCGCUGCAUCGAUGUUGGGUCUUGCUCGUAUCAUUGCCUCCGAACAACCUGACGUAUGGGGUGGUUUGAUUGAUAUCGACGAGCCUGCCUUCCCCUUCCAGGCCCUCAAGUUCAUCCGCAACGCCGAUGUGGUGACCGUCCGUGACGGUGUCAGCAAGACUGCCCGUCUCCGUGCCCUCCCCAAGGCUUCACUUAUUCCCGGAAGCGACUUGAAGUCUGCCGUCAAGAUCCGACCUGACGGAACAUACCUCAUCACUGGCGGUCUCGGUGCCUUGGGUCUCGAAGUUGCCAGCUGGUUGGCCGAAAAGGGUGCCCGUCGCCUUGUUCUCCUCUCCCGCAAGGGCCUACCCCCGAGAUCCACCUGGUCCAGUGUGACCAGCGGCUCCAAAGCCGACAUCAUUAACAAGGUCAAGACCAUCGAAGCUUUGGGAGCCGCCGUCAACACUAUUUCGCUGGAUAUCGGCAAGCCCGGCGCUGAUGAGGAUCUCAAGAAGGCCCUCGAUAACUUGUCUCUUCCUCCCGUCACUGGUGUCGUCCAUGCCGCCGGUGCCACGGACGACGCCUUCGUCCACGAAGCCAACGAACAAUCCUUCAAGAACGCCCUCACCCCCAAGGUCGACGGUUCAUGGGCUCUUCACAAUGCCUUCCCCGUCGGAACCCUUGAUUUCUUCGUCCUAUUCUCUUCCUGCGGCCAACUCUUCGGUCUUCCCGGGCAGUGUGCGUAUGCCUCUGGUAACGCCUUCCUCGACGCUCUUGCCAGCUACCGUCGCAAUGCCGGCGAUAACACCCUCUCACUCCUGUGGACCGCCUGGAACGGUCUUGGUAUGUCUGGCACCGCCGCUGCUGAUAUUAUCAACGCCGAGAUGGAGUCCAAGGGCUUCGCCGGUAUCACCCGUGACGAAGCAUUCCGCGCCUGGGAGUACGCCGCCAAGUAUGACGUUCCUCAGGUUGUUGUUGUCCGCGCUCUACCUAUCGACGAGGACGGUACUCCUGCGGCUCCGAUCCUCACCGAUAUCGCUGUCCGCCGCCCACCACCUGAGGGCGACUCCGAGAGUGAGGGGGAGGAUAGCGAAGACGAAGAGGAAACAGCCCCCGCCACUGCCGCUCCAUCAAACCCUGCCGACCUCAAGAAGCACUUCGAGGCAGCGAUCAAGGCUGACGUCGCAUCAGUGCUCCGCCUCUCCUCCCCCGAUGAUGUGGACACUCACCGUCCUCUCUCCGAGCUCGGAAUGGACUCCGUUAUGACUGUCGGUCUCCGAAAACAAUUCAAGGACACCUUCAAGGUUACCAUCCCACCGACCCUCAUUUGGGCCCACCCAACCGUCGCACAUUUGACCAAAUGGUUCGCCGAGAACGCCAAAGCAUCCACACCCUCCACCCGCACCACCACCCCCAGCGCGUCCAAGAAAUCAAAGUCCCCCAAGAAGUCCGCCCCCAGCAGCUCCGGCAGCGCCCUCCCUUCGAACCCAGCAGACUUGAAGAAGUACCUCGAGCAGACGAUCAAGACAGACGUUGCCUCGGUCCUCCGUCUCUCCUCCCCUGAUGAUGUUGACAUCCACCGCCCUCUCUCCGAGCUUGGAAUGGACUCGGUCAUGACCGUCGGUCUACGUAAGCAAUUCAAGGACACCUUCAAGGUCACCAUCCCACCAACCCUGAUCUGGGCUCAUCCAACUGUUGCCCAUCUAACCAAAUGGUUCGCCGAGAACGCAAAGUCCACCACCUCCUCCUCCGCCGCUCCCUCAACCAAGAAGUCCAAGUCCACCAAGAAAUCGAGCACUUCCUCUACCAGCCUCUCCCUCCCCACCAACCCAGCGGAGCUGAAGAAGCACCUGGAGAAGCAAAUCAAGGCCAACGUCGCCUCGGUCCUCCGGUUGUCCUCCGCCGACGACGUUGACACGCAUAGACCCCUCUCCGAGCUCGGCAUGGACUCGGUCAUGACCGUCGGCCUGCGCAAGCAGUUCAGGGACACAUUCAAGGUCCAGAUCCCCCCUACCCUGAUCUGGGGUCAUCCAACCGUUUCACAUCUCUCCAAAUGG